UCUUCAAACAAACAGGGACAGAGUCUCCUCACUCCACGAAUUUUAUAAAGAGAUUUUAUUACAAAAAUAGACACAUCUAUACAAUUAGAGAUAUGGCUUCAACUGUUAUUCUUCAUAACCUAUUCUCUGUUUCACUUUGCUCUCCAAAAUGUCUCAAGAAACAAGCCUCUGCUCUCAAUUCCUCGCAGUUGCUUUCCUCCAAAUCUCUCUCAAAGUUGAAGAAGAGAUCUCUUCUCUCAACAAUCCAAAUCAGGGGCCGCAAAACUGAUCACACUCCUGUUGUUUACGCCGCCCAAUCCAAUUUCUUGAGAGUUAUUCAAACAGCAUGGAAGGUGGGAAAUGAUGGAAUUGAUGCUGGGACUAAUCUGGUGCCUGAUUCUAUUCCAAGACCAAUAGCGAGGAUCUCUGUGACUGUAGUUGCUGUGAGCAUUGCACUCUUUGUACUCAAGUCUGUCCUGUCUACAGCUUUCUUUGUGCUGGCGAUGAUGGGGCUCAUUUAUUUCACAUUCAUAGCAUUGAACAAGGAUGAAGGCCCAAGAGGGGGCGGGGGUGGUGGCACCACUUCUACAGAAGACAGCCUUGAAGAAGCGAGAAAAAUAAUGGAAAAGUACAAGUAACAAAAAGGCAGGAUUAAGGUUACUAGUUUUCAGUUGUUAUAUUUCAUGUUUCCUCGUGCCGUGUUAAAAAGUUGGCGUUAACACAUCACUGAAAUAUGGCGAAAUAUUUUUUUCUGUGAUUAUAAAAGUUCACCUUGACUUGAGCACUAUAA